AAUAAUAAACCCACCGUCUCCUUCUUCUUCAUCAUUCCCAUUCCCAUUCCCAAAUUUCAUUCCAUCCUCCUUAAAAUUUCAAAUCUCCAAACAAUACAAAUGGCUCUCCACACCUUGCUUUUGAUCCUCUUAGCUCUUGCGCAUUUUCGACCUUCUUCCUCUCUAAUUUCGACCCCCCAUUGGAACCCUCGCUACCCCAGCCCCAGAGCCAUCUCCGAUUUGAAGGAGGCGAUAGUGAAGGGAUUGGGAUUCCAAGCCGACGAUCUGAAGAUAUCGGGGUUUGAUCUGAGGGACGCGCAGGUGGGGCAUUCGGUGGCGUACGAGUUCGACGUGGAGGUAGAUAAGAAGGUGCUUCCUUUCAAGCUUUUGGAGGACGUUGACCGCUGGGAGUACGUUGACCUGCCGGUAUUUCGGGUCGAGGAUGAAAGCGGGUUGGUCCCGAAAGGCAAAUUGGACGACGGGUUGCCGCCCGUUUUGGCUCCGUUUCAGUUGGCCGGGCCCAUGGAGCUGUGGAUUCAGGACGCUAAAGACAUGAGGCUCUCGCUUCCACAUGAUGUGGAUGCUGGAGUGUUGAAGAAGGUGGUUUUAGCAGAAGGGGCUGUGGUUACUGUGACAGGUGCUAGAUCGGUGAGCCUAAGGCACCCUCUUCAGCUUCCAUUGCCACUGAAUCGGACCAGCAGUGGUUUUGCUUCUGGGCUCGUGACCCUAGCUGAAUGGCUACGCCAUGCUUCUAGAACUGAAUCAGCUCCAUUGCUGUCUCUCCGCAUUGUUGGUCCAACCGCUCUUACAGCCCCUGCCUCAACUUCUUCCUCCAUGAACAACAAACUCAAGCUUAAGCGGCUUGCUCCUGGCCUUGUGGAGUUGUCAUCACUGGCUAAAACGAGGCCCAUGUCUGUUGAGCUACAAAACCAAGAGACCACCAUUUUAACUCCAAAAUACUUCACAACUGUUUGGCCCCUUGCUUCUGUCAAUGGGUCGAACGCCAACUUGCUGGCUUUUGAGUCACUGCUUUCGACUGUUCUUGGUCCCAAGGCAAACAAAAAAGGUUCCUUUAAAUUGUUGAAGGCAGAUGUGUCAGCGCAGACGUUCUUGAAGAUUGGGUUUGGGGUGGAGAAGAAGGUGAAAGAAGGAGAUGGGAUGGACUGGACAGGUUUUCCAGCAUGGAGGACAAAGCCUGAGACUGUAAGGAUGCAUUUCGAGGUGCUUGCUAAGGUUGAUGGCGAUAAAAUUGUGCCAGAGAGAGUGGUUCCCGUUAACCCUGCGAUCUUGGAGGACACUGUAGCACCUAAUGUGCUGUCUGGGAAUGUCUCCAUGUCCACGACCCCCAUAGUUCAACCUCCCCCUAAUCCCUUAACCUUGUGAAGUGUUGUUUGGUUGGGCUUCCUGAUAGCGUCUGAAAGUGUAAAGAGGAAACCGUUUUUGUUUUCUGAAAGAUUAUGGAGUUAGAUGAGGUUUGAUACUGUAAAUAUACCAUGAGUUACUAAAGGCUUUAGUUUAUUUUUCCUC